AUGUACAGAAGAUUAUGUGAUAAUUUCGGUAGUCUGCGCUCUCUUCUGGUCGCUUACGGCACAUUUUGCGUUGGUAGCACACUGUGCGGAAUCGGUCAGACAUACUGGCAAGUAAUUUUGGGCAGGAUAAUUGCCGGCUGCGGAGCUUCAGGGAUGGUCGCUCUGGCCUCCGUUAUCAUUACAGAGAUUGCCGAUCCAGCAGACGUCGCCGUUUUGCGAAGUUACGUAAAUUUAGUCUCGACAAUUGGGCUUUCCGGCGGUGGUCCCCUUGGUGGAUUUCUCGCAGCAUCCAUCGGUUGGAGAUGGCUGUUCCUAGGACAAGUCCCAAUUGCUAUUGCUUGUGGUUUACUUAUUGCACUAGAUCCGAGUGUAAAUUUGCCCCAACUCGAUCGAGAAGCCGAACAACAGCGACAGGGCUCUGAAAACGACAUGGAGGAUACGCCAACAGUCCUAGCUUUCGAUUUCCCAGGCGCAGUGACCCUUGCCAUAGCAACAGCGUCACUUCUGGCAGCAAUCGAUUUACAAAAUUCCCUUUCAUGGGGACACCCUCUUGUUUAUAGUUUAAUCAUUGCUGGGGUACUAUCCACCGUGGCGUUUCUGAUCCUUGAAACAUUUCCGGGCAACAGAGAGCUUUUAAUGCCCCUAAAGCUCCUACGAACAGAGAUCGGUGCAUUCUGCGCUGGACAGCUACUAAUAGUUGCCAGUGGCUACGGGUUCGUAUCUCAAAUAGCACCGUACUUUGCAAAUACACAAGGGGCGUCCGAUGCAGAAGGUGGAGGACGAACCGUCCCUUUCAGUACCGGCAAUGCCGUCGGCGCUCUACUCGCUGGGCAAAUCAUCAAAAGGCAAGACUGA